AUGAGCUGUCGAACCGAUUUUAUUUCCGACUUCCAUGUAGUAAAAUUUUUCAAGAAAGAAUGUGGUGGUUGGAAUAGUGCAUAUGGCGAGUUCUUCCUUUCCUUGUAUUAUCAGAUGUUGUUAAAACACGGUGAGAGAAUUCUAUCGUCUGCGACAUCGGUUUUUGACGGCAAAGGUGUGAAGAUCUUUAUGAAAAUUUCUAGAAUCCACUGGCAUUACGGAACCCGAUCCCAUGCUCCUGAACUCACAGCAGGGUACUAUAACACAAGGUACCGAGACGGUUACCUCUCGAUUGCUCAAAUGCUAGCACGUCAUGGUGCCAUUUUCAACUUCACUUGCAUAGAGAUGCGUGAUCACGAGCAUGCUCAAGAUGCACUAUGUGCACCUGAGAAGCUGGUGAAGCAAGUAGCUUUUGCUACUGCAUCAGCGCAAGUUCCACUUGCUGGGGAGAAUGCAAUUCCCCGUUACGAUGAAUACGCCCACGAGCAGAUCUUACAAGCAUCAUCGUUGGAUGUUGAUGGUUCUACGUUCGAUAGAGAGAUGUGUGCAUUCACGUACUUGAGGAUGAACCCAUCAUUGUUUCAUCCAGAAAACUGGAGACGCUUUGUUGGAUUCGUGAAGAAGAUGAACGAGGGGAAAGAUAUAUGA